AUGACGAGCAACCUUGAAAAUUCUGCUAGACUGGAAUUAAAAACUCGUGUCUUGUUUAAGGAUAUUUAUACUCUUCUGUUAGUGCAGAGAUCAAAAAAAAAAAAAAAACCAGAAAAGUGGUUAAAGAAUAUGAAGUGAGAUUCUUGGUUCCUGUGCAGUGACCAUUUUGCUGCUGACUCUUUUGACAUCAGAUGGUAUAUCUGUUAUUUAAAGCACACUGCAAUCCCAACAAUAUCUUCUUUGCCUGAAGACUGUCAGGGAAAAGAUACUUCAAAAAAAUCUCAGAAGAGAAAAUUGGGAGAUGAGAAAGAAGUGUGCUGAAAAGUUAAGUCUGAAGAAUCAAUUGUAUCAAAUGAAGCAAAGGAAAAUACUGGUAACAAAGAUGUAUACCAAGAACAUGAACAAUUACUUGAUUCAUCUUCUCUGGUGAAGCCACCAGCUCCAAGAGCAGAAAGCAUACAAAAUAACGUAUUACCUCUUAAACAAGAUGCCUUAAAAACAUCAAUAAAUCAAGAUUUAGAUGUAGUUGGAUUUUGUGCAUCUUCUGAGAAUUGAAAUUCUACAACUAUUGCUUUGAGAGCUUCAAAUUCAGAUGACAUAAUUACUAACCAUCUUGUUAAUCCAAACUUUAUAAAUAAUUUCAUGGAAACGUCAGGUCAGGAAAAUUCAUUCCUCUUCAGCACAGUUGAAGAAUUAAACAUAAAUAACAAAUCUUUUACUGCCAUUUUAAUACCCACAGAAAAUUUUAAACAUGCAGUUAAUUCUUUCAUACCAGCUUCCAAGGAAACCAUGGAAAUUGAAGAUACAGGCAUUGAAGACUCCUUUUAUAAGGGUGUUGAAGUCUUACAUAUUGAACAUUCAUACUGCAGACAAGAUACAAAUAAGGAACAUCUUUGGCAAAAUGUCUCUAACCUAUACUCUAAGAUCACUCUUCUUGAGCUACAAAAACAACAAAUUCCAGGGAGAUUGAUGUCUUUGGAAACUGUUUUAAGCCAACUACAGCAGAAGAACUGGCUAUCUGAAGAAAACAUCAAGAUAACAGAAAACUAUUUCCCAAUGUAUAAAGUCACUGUGAGAUAAAAGUUUUUAAAGCUAUGAUUUUGCAUAAGCUUUUUCCAGCUAAAUCAAAUCAUUUGUGAAGUGAACUUUGUCCUGUAGAUAAAGUCCUUGGAAGCUAUGAAAGUGCUCCAAUGUUACAAACAACAUCCUGUUCUUACAAUGCUCAGUAAAAAAGGGGAAUGAAAAGAGUUGUUUGGCUGAAGAAAUAGUUUUAUUACUUGAUAAUUUUCCAAUUAUAGUUAAAAUGAUAAAAUUUAUUUAUAAAAUAAUAGGAAAAAGAUGCAGUCAAAAUUGGCCAGACUAUAUCAGUUCUGGUUGUGCUGUUGGCACAAGCUAGUAUAUUGACCCUCAGAGAGCUGGGGAUGUAGCUCAGUAAUAAAGCACUUGCCUGGUUUGUUCAAGGCCUUGGGAGUCAGUCCCCAGGGCUGGAGUCAAUAAAGGAGCCUCAGUCCCUAAUCUGUAAAAUAAGGGCACUUAAUAUAAAAUACAAAUACCAUUUCUUUAAAGAUACUUUGCUUAGAACAGAUUUUCUAUAUGAUAAUACAUACUUAUGUAAUAGUAAAAGAUGGCUAGAAUUUAAUAUUAAUGAUUUGAUUAUUCUCAGUAUCUUUUCUGUUGUCUAACCAUUUAGCUAUAGUUACAUGCCUAUAAUAUAAAGGAAAACACUACUACUAGAAUCUUAUUUCAG